AUGAUGCUGGGGACUAGCGGGUCCGAUUGGAGAGCGGGAAGGCGAAGGCUCUGCGAAAAAAGCAAAGGCGCUCUCGGAAGACUCAACUGCCUCCAUCGAGCCGCCCGUCAUCAUCCGUAUCACUCCAACACCGCUGCGUCCGAUCCUCCUAGCGCGGCGCACGGCAUCAGCAUCCAGUACGAGAUGAGAUCGUCUGCCGUCCUCGACCUCGCACACACCGCCCUCACACUCUCGCAAAGGAGGCUCGUCCGCGUCAAGCUCAGGAAGGAGGUGCCUGGUCUCGGUAGUGCCGGAAGCAUUGUGCUGGUGCAGCCCGGUCGCAUGCGCAACGUGCUGCUGCCCGCCUGCAAAGCCACGUACGAACCGCUCCCCACCCCCUUCCAGCUCUCGCUCAACAAGGUCAGCGCCGCGGCUGUAGAGGCGCAGCUCGAGACCGCACAGGCCGAGCUGAACCGUCAGCAGACGCGCGACGCCCUCUCCAAGGAGCUCGGUGCAAUCCAGCUGCUCAGCCUGCGCAGGAAGCUCGAGGCGGUCCCGACUGUGGUGCUCUCGCGACCCACCACGACCAAGUACAAGCCGGCAUCUGCCAGCGCUGCUGCUAGCGAAGGCUCCAGCUCUGUCGACGCCGACCUCCCGCGUCCGCCACUGACGAUUCAGGGUAGCAUUGCCGGUUCGGACAUUGUCGCCUUCCUGCGCGAGAACGGCGCAUUCGAUCUCGAGACCGACUUUAGCCGCGACGCCAAGCCGGUGCAGCUCAACCGACUCACCGCGGCGCAGAUCAACACGGCGUGUGAGUUUCAGCUGGUCAACGCAGCCAACAGCCCGGACGCAGACGCGAUCGACAAGCUCGGACGCAUCAAGAAGACGGGUCGAUACACGCUGGUGGCACACAUUCUGCCGUCGAACAUCCGUGUCCGCAUCCCCGUCGUGGUUCGUCCCAACGCCGCAAGCUACGUUGCAUCCUCCGCCCAGGCGGCUGUAGCAUCGCCUUCGAUCGCAAGUAUGGCUUCGCAGUCGCGCUCGUACGCCACAUCGGCCACCCAAGCGCCCACGAGCAUGGAGACCGCCAUGCGCAGUAAGCUCGAGCAAGAGUUCGGACCGCAGGUCGAGGUCAACAUCCGCAACGACUCGAGCAAGCACGCUCACCAUGCCGCCAUGGCGGCACAGGGAGGCGGCAAUGGCGAAACGCACUUUUACGUGCACGUGGUGUCGGACAAGUUUGCCGGCAUGCCGCAGAUCAAGCGCCACAGAGCGGUCAAUGCGCUGCUGGCUGGAGAGUUCGAGCGCGGUCUGCAUGCGCUUAGUCUGAGGACAAAGACGUGGGCAGAGGAGAAUCGAGUGCCCGCGGAAGGGCAACAGCAAGCAGAGAACAAUAUUGGUGAUGGGAGUGAGUGUCCACGUGCACCCGAGGAGGGGUCUGGAAGUCUAUGGACCGCUCCAGAGUCGUCAUUGCACCCUACAUCGCCGCUGGCAACAGGCGACAUUUUGUCCGCCUUCUACACGCCGCCACCCAAACGGGCCAACGUAUCUUCUGCACGCGCAACACCCUCGCAGCAGGCCAAGUUCUUCCGCCGCGUCACCAAGCACGAUGCGCUCGAACCGAGCCAGCGACAGAACCAACUCAACCUCAUCGGCGGCAUCCUCGCCGGUGCAGCUGCAACGUACAUGGUGCUCUUUGCCGACUUUGGUCAGGCCGGCGCAACCAACUGCUUCACAGACUUAAGACUUCUUGUUUGGGGCCCAGAGGGACCUCCCAAACUCUUCUAA